UGGCUUGUAUGUCCCGUUUGUACAUGUUUAUUUACGGCGAAGAGUUGUCACUUUCUGUCGAUUUUUUUUUACAUGAGACCAGAAGGAACGAUGGCGUCGUGUUGAGCGUUAGAAGCGGAAGUGGCGGUUGACGGCUAGCAGGUGGAAUCGAGCGACCAACGUGUUUUCCAGCUGUAAAUGUUUGUCUUUUGACACAUGAACAAACAUCUUUGAGGAUGUAAUGCCGAAGAGCGAGUUUAAACCUUGGCCACUUGUUUCCGUAAGCGUUGAUUUUUGGACAGUUGAGACUAGAAAAUGUCUUUAGCUGUCUCACUGCUCCUCGUCGCUCUGUGUGCUGGCGGAGGAUACGGUGAGGAGGGAAAGCGGACCCAGAAAGCUGGCCAUGUUUCUGUGGUCGUAGUUGGAGGAACUGGAGACCUGGCGAGGAAAUAUUUGUGGCAGGGAUUUUUUCAGCUGUAUGUGAGCCAGGUCAGCGGUGGAAACACCUUUUCUUUCUACGGGGGAGGUUUGUCCCCAUCUGAACAGGCCACACCAGUCCUCUUUGAGAUCCUGAAGGCGGUCACCUGCUCCAAGGAUGUUUCUCAGGACCGCUGCGCCAUCCUGAGGGAUCAAUUCCUGCGGCUCUCGCAGUAUCGGCAGCUAAAGACUCUGGAGGACUACCAGGAACUGGCCCGGCACAUCGAGCAGCAGCUCCAGCAGGAGGGAAUGACAGAGGCCGGACGCCUCUUUUACCUCUCAGUCCCGGCUUUCGCAUACGCAGGUGUUGCAGAGAAGAUCAACAGCAGCUGCAGGCCGGCCGGCGGGACCUGGCUAAGGGUCGUCCUCGAGAAACCGUUCGGACACGACUACCGCAGUGCUCAGGUGUUAGCUACUGAGCUACUGAGUGCAUUAAAGGAUGAAGAGAUGUACAGAAUCGACCACUACUUAGGGAAGCAGGUGGUGUCAAAGAUACUUCCAUUCAGGCUAGAGAACAGAAAGUUUUUGGAUCCCAUCUGGAACAGGCAUCACAUCGAGAGAAUAGAGAUUGUUUUAAAGGAGACUCUGGAUGUAAAAGGUCGGAUUUCCUUUUACGACGAGUACGGAGUGAUCCGAGAUGUUCUGCAGAACCACCUGACCGAGGUCAUGACCCUGCUGACCAUGAAGCUUCCUGCUAAUGUGAGCAACAGUGGAGAAGUUCUUCGAAACAAGCUGGAAGUUCUCAGCUCCAUGCUGCCGUUAGGAAAGAGUCAGGCAGUCAUCGGACAGUACCAGAACUACAAAACUGAGGUCCAACAGGAGCUGAAUAAAACCAAAGAGCACGUCAGUUUGACAUCAACAUUUGCAGCCGUUCUGGCCCAUAUCGAGGACGCACAGUAUGAAGACGUCCCUGUUCUUCUGAUCUCUGGGAAGAUGCUAGACGAACGCGUCGGUUACGCACGCGUCCUUUUCAAGAACGACAUCUUCUGCCUUCAGAGCCAGAACAAUGUCCACUGCAAACCUAAACAGAUCAUUUUCUACUUUGGCCACGGCAGUCUCAAAUAUCCAGCGGUUCUGGUCAGCAAGAACUUAUUCAAACCAGCUCUGAAAGGCGGAGAGUGGAAAGAAGUGACGGAGCACAAAGACGUCAACGUUUUGGGUUUGCACAUUUCCGAUUACUUUGUGCAAACUCCGACAACAGAAAGGGAAGCGUACGCAGAACUCAUCUAUCACAUUUUUGCUGGGCAGAAGAAUAAUUUUGUCAGCACUGAAAACCUUCUGGCCUCCUGGGAAGUCUGGACUCCGCUCCUCAGCGCCCUGAAAGGCUCCUUCCCCCGGAUCUACCCCGGCGGUGCCGACAAUGGAGACAUGCUGGACGUCCAUCUGAGGGGGAAGGAAAUCCACUUCAGCAGCGAGGCUGUGAUCAUCAGCCCGGAUCAGGUGGGAGGGCCGUCGGCCAACAACUUCCAGGUGAUGCAAGGGAAGUUUCGCAGUGCUGAGAUGGUGUCCGCCUGGUCGGUGGAGCUGGUGGAGCGACUGGCCGCGGAUAUGCAGGAAGCAGCCGAGGCAGCCGUGCGGGAGGACGGGGUCUUCCACCUCGCGCUCUCUGGGGGGUCCACUCCGCUCGCUCUGUUCCGCAGGCUGGUCCUGCACCACUUCUCCUUCCCCUGGAGAGACACACACAUCUGGAUGGUGGAUGAGCGCUGCGUCCCGCUGACUGAGGCGGAGUCCAACUUCCACAGCAUGCAUGAACACCUGCUGAAACACGUGAGGAUACCGUAUUACAACAUCCACCCCAUGCCAGUGCAGCUCAACCAGCGGCUCUGUGUGGAGGAGGACGGAGGAGCCCAGCUGUACGAGAAGGAGAUCAACACACUCGUUAACGUUUCCAGCUUUCACUUUGUGCUCCUGGGCGUCGGAUACGAUGGCCACACCGCUUCUCUGUUCCCUGGCGGGAAACUGAACGAGAGUGGAGGAAGCCUGGUGGCUCUCACAGAGAGUCCCAUCAAGCCCCAUCAGAGAAUGAGCCUCACCUUUAGGGCCAUCAACCGAGCUCGCACCGUCGCUCUGCUAGUGAUGGGCAAAGGCAAACAUGAGCUGGUCACCCAGCUGAGCCGAGUUAAGGACAACCUGGAGAAAUAUCCUGUCACCUGGGUGAAGCCAGAUAAUGGAAGGCUAGUUUGGUAUAUAGAUUAUGAUGCACUUUUAGGAUAAGUGAUUAUGUACUGUAAAAACACAAACACCAAGGAUUUUCAAACUGUUUUCUAAUGCAAAAUAUCUUUGUACACCAGAACAAAUAUCUGUGGUGUUUAGGAAGCAACACCAGCAACAACAAAUAUCUCUGUUCUGGUGUAGAAAUAAGAUGAAAUUAACUUUUCAAAAACAAGUAGGUUCCUAUUGAUGAAAAGGAUCUGCACUUUAAGACGUUUUUUCUAUAUUUUAAGUUAAAAUCUCAUGUCUCAGUAUAAAUGACACUUUUUUAACAAAAUAAAAGGAAAUACAGACUUAAAAUACUCACAUGUAAAACCGAUCUGAUCUUAAAACUGGGAUGCACCUCUAUCCUAUUUUGUUCUGAAAAGUUACUUAUAAGUUAGUCUUGUCUUAUCUCAAGUGUGCCAAGAUACCAGUAUUAGAAGCCAGUUAAAAAGUACUUGGUGAGAUUUUCUGUUAUUGAAAUGUGUUUUUCUUAUUUUCAAUCAGAGAAUGCAGCUGCUUUAACGGAAAUGGUGUUUAGGAAGCAACACCAGCACCAACAUGACCAGGAACUUCAGGUUUUUGCUUCAACUAUAAAUCAUAUUUACUAAACAUUUCUUUGUUUGAGCUCAGGACAACACAAGUCCAGUAACAAGUUUAUGCAACAUCUCUUAUUUUAACCAUUUUUUAGUUGAUUUCUAACAAUUGGGAUAUUUUUCUAAACAUUUGUCAAAAUUGUACAUGCCGGCUCAAAUAUAUUCAUACACCACGACUAUUAUUUGAAGUGAUACCUCUUAGAAAGUUAGAGAGAAACCACUUUCUGGAGCCAUGAACUGGGCUGGAUGAUCUAUCUUCUUAUAUUUGACACUAGAACACAUUUAAGUCAGUUGAUGUAAUGACACUUGGCUUGGCUUUUAAGCUUUUAAGCCCAGUUUAAUUGUUCAUUCAGGCUUAGAAGUAGCUUAUAUUUGGCUUCAUUAUCUAUUUCAGAAUCAGAUUUAAUGUAUUUUAUGGUCCUUUUACAUCCAAUUAUGUCCAAAUUUUAACCAUUGUUAAACUGAGGUGAAGUCAUUGAAUCUGGAGGUUGUCCUGCUUCAACUUUGAGCCGUGCUCAAGUACCGCUAUAAUUGAAACAAACCCUCAGUAUGAUGCUUUCACCACCAUGCUUCAGAGUCGGUACUGUGUUCUCCAUUCUUCUUGUUUUAUGGCCAAAUACUCCAGAGGUUUUCUGGUUGGACGUCUGCAGGAAUUGCACUCAGUCCUGCAAGAUUAACUUUUAGAGUCUGCAUUGAUACGAAAUGUUGUCACAGUUUAUAGACUUGAGCCUUGAUUGUUCCUGAAUUUUCCGACUGAUUUCCUUUCCUCUGAGGGUGACACAUUGGGUUGGCAAACUUUAAAAUCCAAAGAGACAAUUUUCCCCUGUUCCUAUCAAAAACAAACUUUCUCGAGCUGCAAAACAUUUAAAACAUGGCUCUGUUCUUGAGCACUUUUGGCCAAACUUGAACGACCAGAUGUGCCUCCUGCAGUUUGCAGCCUCGUGGGUGGGAGGGUUGAAACAUGGACAAAACUGGAUGUUCCAGCAGAAAAAUGACCCCAGUUGGAUGGAAAAAGUGCAGUUUUGGUUAAGCUAAAGGAUUCUCCUUUAAUCAAUCAUGACACCAAAUUCAGCCCUGCUGGCAAUGCAGGGACUACAAUGAAACGCCACAAUGGAAAAGGUACUGUUCAAAUAAAUCAUUAAAAGCCCCAAAUUAGUGACAUUUAUCUUCAUAUGAAUGAAUGUAAACUUCUGAUCUGCACUGUAAGUCAAACAGGUUUAGUAGAUCAGUAGUAGAUUUGUGCUGACCCAAAUCUAAUAGGAUUUGGAUCAGUACAUUUCACUUUUAAAAAGCCCUUUAGGCAAUUAGUUAUGAGUUAUAAAUAAAGCGUGGUGAUAAAGUUAACCUUUAAAGCACAACGAAGUGUUCAGGUUUUGCAGUUUAUAGUUAAUGGCAAAAAACUUGUGGUUCUUUCCUAUCAAAAGGUGAAAUUUUAUGUGAAAUCCAUGUGAAUGAAUGCAGUUGAAGAUUUGUUUUAUAGCGUUUAUGAAAAACUGUGAUCUGAGUGGAGAUGUAGACAGGUCACAGGAAUCCAAGUCUCCAGCUCAGAGCAGGAAGUUUGAAGCAUGUGAUGCUGUGAAAUCUGGUGCUUAGAGCCAAACAAACACAAGAGGGAUUUAUUUUAGACGGAAUCAGUGUGUUUGUGCAAGUCAUGUCAAAUCUCAGGUGUUUCUGCAGAUACUUGGUGGCAGGGUUACAAUGCAAUUAAGAAAAGAUCGAGGUUCUCUAGAGUGAAGACGGUUAUUUGUGCUGCAGAGAUUUUUAAGCAGCGUAUCAGUAACCCCUAAAUAAACAUUCCUUUCAGGUUAUUUCUGUACAAUCUGCAGGUGAUUUUUUAAAGCAUUAAUUUCAGACAGAAUUGAUUGUAUUUUAGUGAAUUGUUUAUGAAGUUUGCCUUGAGUUUACUUUCAAUAAAAAUCUGAUUUAUUACAUU